AUGGAGGUGUCUCUCUUGUUCGGACCAGAAACCUUCAGCGGCGCUCCCUUUGGAGACUAUUACAACCGUGCAGUUGCGCUGGAGCAAUUUUAUGUGAACUUGCUUGAUAAAGCAAGAAAGAAUGAGAGCAUUGACAUCCAUAAAGAAACAUCGAAGCUGAAUAACAACAAUGUUUGCAAGAUGCUUAUGGGAAGGACGUGUUCAGAGGAGAACGGUGAGGCUGGGAGAGUCAGGGACUCCGUGAACAAGAUAAGUGGCUUGCUGAGGAAGAUUUUAUUGGCAAACAUGUUACGUGAGCCGCUCAAAAAGCUUCGGAUUUCGCUGUUCGAAAAGGAGAUAACAAGCGCUUCCAACGAAUUCAACGAACUGCUAGAGAGAAAUCUCCUGGAACAUGAAGAGAGACCAAAGGAUCAACAGCAAGCUAUGGACCGACGUCUUAUUAGCAGCUUGUCGAGACGAAAAUGCAGAGAGCUAUUCCUUGCUGGCACUGAUACCUCUUCGCAAACAAUACAAUGGGCGAUGGCUGAGAUCAUCAACAAACCUAGUAUUUUUGAGAGGUUGAGACAAGAAACGAAUCUACCGAGAUUACUAUAUUUGCAAGCUGUGGUUAAGGAAACACUAAGACUGCACCAACCAGCGCCUCUCCUAAUAAGAAAGUUCGAAGAGAGAUGCAAGGUUGGAGGGUUUUGCAUACCAGAGAACACAACACUUGUUGUGAAUAUUUACGCUCUGAUGAGAGAUCAGAACUACUGGGAAGAUCCCGACGAAUUUAAGCCAAAGAGGUUUUUAGUUUCUGGGCGAGAAGAAGAGGGAGAGAGAGCAUUAACGUUCCUUCCUUUUGGAAGCGGAAGGAGAGGUUGUCCUGCUGUAAAUACGGGAUACAUCUUUGUUGGAAAUGCGUUUGGAGUGAUGGUGCAAUGCUUUGACUGGAGAAUCAAAGGAUAUAAAGUUGUUAACUUGCAAGACACGGUUGCAGGAAUGACCUUGACCAUGGCUCAUCCCCCAAGCUUCACCCCUCUUCCUCGAAUUGAUCCUCUAAACUUAAAUCUUUAG